AUGGGCGGCACAGGCGGCAGCCUCUACCUCAGCAUGUUGAAUGGGACCGACGCGCAAACUUUCGGAAAGAGCGCCGACGGCCUGCACCGCGCGGGGAAGGAUCUACCCGACUUCAAGAUGGGCCUCCAGGACGCGCGCUUCUACUACGCGGACCCCGGUGCCCAGGGCGGCCAGGACCCGCUCGCGCUGCCCUUCCACGCGGAGCAGCCCGUGGGGGGUUACGCGGCGCAGUCCGGCCGCUUUUACGCGCAGAGCCUGGGCGGCUGCGCCUACGGGGGCGCGCGCUCCCCGGCGCGCGGCGGCGGGACCGGGCCGGGCUACGGUCCCGCGGCCGGGGACGGAUUCCCCAUGGCGGGGGGGAAGGACGUUUACGCCGCCAUGGCCCCCGAAAACUACCCGGGGGGGUUCCAGCACGGCUACCAGCGGCCGCCGCUCUACCCCUUACCUGGGCUACAGGUGUGCGGCAAGACCCAGGCGGUGCUCAACAACUACCCGCUGUGGGCCAAGUUCCACAAGUUCCAGACGGAGAUGAUAAUCACCAAACAGGGGAGGAGGAUGUUCCCCUUUCUGAGCUUCAACAUCAGCGGCCUGGACCCGUCGGCCCACUACAACGUGUACGUGGACGUGGUUCUGGCCGACCAGCACCACUGGAGGUACCAGGGCGGAAAGUGGGUCCAGUGUGGAAAAGCAGAGGGCAACAUGCCGGGGAACAGGAUGUACAUGCACCCGGACUCCCCGAACACGGGCGCCCACUGGAUGAGGCAGGAAGUGUCGUUCAGCAAGCUGAAGCUCACCAACAACAAGGGCAGCACCAACAACGUGGCCCAGGGCGUGGCGCCCAACCACCGGCUGGACUUUGGCUCCUCCUACGAGGGCGACUUCUCCGGGAACGGCUUCUACAAGCCCUUCCCCCUGCAGGGCUCCGCCCACCUGGGCUACUACCCCGACCACGCCUUCGCCCCCCCCGCCGCCGCCCCCCCGGCCUGCUGGGGCGCCGCCCGCCCCGCCCCGCAGUACCUCGCCCACCCGGGGAAACCCGCCCCCGGCCUGGGCUGGUUCAGGCCCAUCUGCUCCUCCUCUUCCUCCUCCUCCUCCUCCUCAUCCUCCUCGUUGUCCACGUCGCCCGGCAACCAUCGGCUGCACGCCCCCGGCCUGCUGGAGUCCCUGCAGCACCCCCUGCUGCAGGCUAAAGCCAAAGACGGCGCCGGGGUUACGGCCCUGGCGACGGGCGUUGCCGUGGCGACGGCGGGGGAGGACCAGUGGCUGGAGCCGCCCUCCGUCAAGUCGGCGGACUCGGCGGACUCGGGCCUUUUCGAGGGAGGCGUGGCCGACAAGAAGAGGAGGGUGUCCCCGUACGCGUCCAGCGCCGAGAGCUCGCCGCCGCCGGCGCCACGGCAACGGGGCGGCGAGGCCUGCGAGAAGGACAGCGGCGGCGAGGCGGACUACUACGGCUACUACGCCCACUGA